GGAUGUAGAGGACAGGGACAUAGAGGACGUAGAGGACAGGGACGUAGAAGACCGACUGGGUUCAGUCCAGGGCCCGUGAGCUGGUCUUAAUGUUGUGGCUGAUCGGUGUGAGGACGUCCUCGCGUGUCUUCUCGUUACAGGUUUGGUCACGUCCGUCUCAUGCAAACGUCUCCAAAUGAGACAGAGUUUGACAAACAAAUGUGAGUUUCCAUAAGAGACGGAGGAGGAGACGGAGGAGGAGGACAUCUGAGAGGAGACGACUGGAGACGGAGCUGCAGAGAGAGUUUCAGAUUUUUCCGUCGUCAUGGAGACGUCCCUCGGGGUCCUGAUGUUAGUGGUUCUGCUGAACUCAGAAUCCAGAGCCUCUUCACUUGAAAACGACACUGGCCUGAAUUUUGUCGUGGCUUUUCCAGAGAACAUCGCCUACUAUCACGCCACUAAUCCCCAAAACUCCCUCAAGAUCCUGGCCCUGUACCCAGACACCACGGUCAAGGUGAAGAUCGAGCCCAACAACGUCACCACACUGCAGAUGUCCUCUGGAGAGGACAGGGAUUUUCUGUUGCAUUUCAUACCACAGCUGGAGUUGGGGAAGUCAAACAUAACGAACCAAACUCUCCACAUCAGCAGCGACAAGUGGAUCACGGUCCAAGUCAUCAGCUCGAAGAAAAACAGCCUGCAGACGUCUCUGGUUAUACCCACGGAGAACCUCUCCAAGGAGUACUACAUCCCACCGGUGCCCACCAUCAAAGGAACCACCGAGCCUAAAGACACGGUCACACGGACUGUGACGGAGCGAGGUCCGUUCAGACUCGUCAUCAUCAACAGCGACAAACCCAACACAGUGACCGUCGAAGGCAAACACACGCAAGAUAUUUCCCUGAAUCCCGGUGAGGCGGCUCAGGUCUGGCUGAACCCUGACGAUGAGCUGAGAGUCGUGAAAGCCGGCGAGCCGGUGUCCGUCCUCUUCGGUCACUCCUGCGCCAUGGUGAAGGACUGCACCUGUGGACUUGUGUACACCGUCCUCCCUCCGGCCACAGACCAGACUCAGACCUUCAUCGUUCCUCCACAGCUGGCCCCGGUCGACGAGAAGGACACGUUCAUACUUCUGUCGGAGAAGGAUUCGACCAAGGUAGAAGACUUCAAAGCAGACUCUCCGAAGGUGAGCGUGGACGGCACGGCGGUCCUCUACCGGCCGGGCCUCCUCCUCAGGCUCAUCCCUGAAUCCGACUUCUCCUCCUGCUACCACAUUACCUCCAUCCCCAACAUGAACAACUUCGCUGUGAUCGUGACCCACAAGGAUUCCACCGAAAAGGUCUAUGUGGGUCAAGAGUCUAAAAAGGGGGCGGACUGGAAGUCCCUGAAAGACACAGAUUACGUCUCCACGCAGGUUCCUCUUCCCAGCGGUAGAAACACCAUCUGGCACGCUUCCUCCAAGAUGGCCGUCUACUUCCUGGGACAGAACAACGUCUCUCUGGUCGGGAACCCUGCAGCCGCCAUCAGUAAACACUCCGAUCUUCGAGGUUGCGUCUUGUCUCCGGAAGUCGUCAGAAUCGGGGAGGACACUCAAGGCUGGCGUGAAUCUCGGGAGUACUGCGAGAACAUGAACCUGGAUCUGGUCAGCUUCUCAAAAACCAAACAUCAGCAACAAGUCCUGAAGAUGCUGAACAAGGCCAACACCGACAACCUGAAAAAGGUCUGGAUCGGCCUGCGUCGCAGCUCCCUGACGGGGGACUGGUACUGGCUGGACGGGGACCCGGUCAACAACACCAACUGGGGCCAGGACGAGCCCGGCAGGGUGGACGAAGGCCAGUGCGCCGCCAUGAGUCUGGAAAGCAGCAAGAACGGAGCGUGGAGGGACGAGGACUGCUGCGAGGACCUGCACCCUGUCUGCCACAAGAAGACCGUCCUUCUGCAGUGAUCCAGUCCCAGACCCAGUCCUAGUCCCAGACCCAGACCCAGUCCCAGACCCAGUCCCAGUCCCAGUUCCAGAUCCAGUCCCAG